CUUUCUCUGUACCUCUCGCCAUUAAUCGCGGUGCCUCUCUUCUCACCUCUCGCCGUCUAUUUGGACCGGAGGUUUGCUUCCCACCCCUGUGAUAAUUCUGUAUCCGAUUGACGCAGAGCUCCGAGAUCUCUGCUCUUCAACUCGAUGCUCUUCCAUUAGUCGCAAAGCGUAAAGGAAGAUUGCUUUUUUUUUUUUAUUAAUCAAUUUGUCUUCUCUCUGGUUCGAAGCAAACUAUGGGGUCGUCGUCUUGUGAGGCCAUCGAUAUAUCUACUAGUGCUCGGAGGAUAGGCGUAGACAAUCGUAUCUCUCUCCGAUUUUACUUCAGGAUCGCAGAUAAUAUCCUCAAACAGGCCAAUAUAUUUCGGGCAGAGAAGAAUGUUAUUGAUUUAUAUGUCAUGCUUCUGCGGUUUUCAAGCUUGGCUCUCGAGACUAUACCAUCCCAUCGAGAUUACAGAUCAUCUCUAAAAAGCAACAAAGAGUAUUUAAGAAUGAGACUAUUGGAUGUCUUGACGGAGCUGGAGAAGUUGAAACCAGUUGUACAGCAAAGGAUCGAUGAACUGAAUCCCAAGCUCAUGCCUCGAUCUAAUGUGCAAGCUCAUCCAGCAAAUGGUUCCUUAGGCUGGUCUUCGGCCGUACAACCAUCGUUUAAUAGCUAUGAUCAUACAAAGGUAAGAAAUCCUCCUGGACAUAAUUUUGGCUACAUGGGUUCCAGGGGUCAACAAUUCUUGAACGCUGCACCACGCCAAGAGCUUUUCCGAAAGAUGUCAGUGAACUUCCGACCAAAUGAAGAAACCCUUUCCAAGCAUUCUAUCUUGGGUCCAGGUGGACUUGGUGGACAGUGGCAGCCACCAAUUAAUGUUACAAAGGUUCAAUAUCCAAGCAAUAUAGAUUUUUCGCCAGUUGAAAUCCCAAGGUUAGAUCGACUAGCUUGUUUGUUUAUUCCAGAUGAGUCUCUACGGUCGGAGUCUCCUCUUGAACUACAUAUUGCAACAACAAUGAUGGAUACCUUCAUGAGGCUUGCCAAGUCAAACACUAAAAAGAAUUUAGAGACGUGUGGUAUUCUUGCUGGCUCACUAAAAAACAGAAAAUUUUACAUUACAGCUCUCAUCAUACCAAAGCAGGAAUCAACAUCUGACUCGUGUCAAGCCACAAACGAAGAGGAGAUAUUUGAAGUACAGGACAAGCAAUCCCUUUUCCCACUUGGAUGGAUUCAUACGCAUCCGACACAGUCUUGUUUCAUGUCAUCCAUUGAUGUUCACACACACUAUUCCUACCAGAUUAUGUUGCCGGAAGCUGUGGCAAUUGUUAUGGCGCCACAAGACUCUUCAAGGAAUCACGGAAUAUUCCGGCUGACAACGCCGGGAGGAAUGACGGUGAUAAGAAAUUGUGACCGGCGUGGGUUUCACGCGCAUAGUUCACCGGCAGACGGAGGACCAAUUUACAAUACGUGUAAGGAUGUUUACAUGAACCCUAAUCUCAAGUUUGAUGUCAUUGAUCUCCGAUAGCAUCAGUUGUGCGUUUGAACAUGAAACUAUCUAUGUUCUCUACGAUUGUAAUAAUUCCGUGUAUGUUUAUAUCCCGAUUUUAAAUAUUAUUUACGUUUGUUUUCCAUGUACAAUUUUUUAUGUUAGCAUGUGUAUUCAUGUAAAACUGAAAAUAAACCAAGACAUAAUACAAUUAUACUGUAUAAUAAUUUGUACCAUUGUUGUCA